AUGUCUAUCGAGGAAAACGUUGCUGAAUAUGAAGAGAUCAAUGAAGAUGCUGUUCCUAUUAAACCUCUUGUAUGGGCAAUUACUGAUAUCGCCAUAUUGGUACAAUUUCCCUUUCUACGCUUUGUGACGCUGAGUGGAAACUACAUAUCAGAUUUGUCGCCGCUAUCAGCUGCCGAAUACCUCAUGUAUCUCAAAUCGGACCACAAUCAAAUACUCCAAGCUGGUUCUCUGAAGACCCUUAACUAUCUUCAAUACUUUGACCUAUCGCAUAACAAAGUAGCCUCCACCGAUUAUAUUAAUCAUGGGCGUUUGAAACAUCUCAUUCUAAAUUACAAUGAAAUCAGCACUCUAAAGGGUGUGAACGGUCCACCACUAAAUCAGUUCAAACUUCGAUCGCUAGAAACACUAGAAAUUCGAGGAAAUCAAAUUGAAUCCACGGAGGGCCUUGGCUUCCUACAUGACCUUAAGACUCUAUACUUUGGAGAAAAUCUGCUUAAAUCUGUCGAGGACAUAUCUGGUCUGCGUGGCCUUGUGCGACUCCACCUCCGCGACAACCACAUUGCAACCUUGGAUGGAUUCCUUCAAGGACCGACAAAGCUGGAGUACUUAAACCUCAGAGGAAAUAAAAUAAAUCGCUGGAGUGAAGUUAAGAAAUUGAAGUCCUUGGUCACCUUAAAAGUCCUAGUUCUCAGUGAUAAUCCUAUCGCUGAUCGGGACUUGUAUCGACCGGUAGUAUUGGGAAUGAUGCCAUUUCUAACGCGACUAGAUAAAGAUAAAACUACGGAGGAAGAAAUCGCCGAGGCGGUAGAUUUCUACGUAAAACUGGUAUGA